CUUUAAUUCACACUAUCGUCAGUGACCAUGAAUAGAACAGUGGUUCUUUCUACUUAUCAUAAAUGGGACAAUGUCAAUCCUGGAUCAUUUUAGAAACCAUCAACAACAAAUUAAUGUUCUCAAAGCUGAAGAUGCCAUUCUUUGGGUGGAUGAAGUGGUCAAGACAAGACUCUGAUAAAUCUCCACAAUACUCAAGUACAGAAGUUGUAACCAAAACAUUAUUAAGGGAAUUACAAUGGCACUUAGGAGAGCGGGAAAGAUUACUAUAUGAGAUUGAAAAUGAACAGAAGGUCCAAAAACCUGGAGUGGAUUACAACUGGCUAAAGAAUGACUACAACAGUUUGAAACCAAGCAUUCCUGUUACUGAGCAGAAGCAACUUGAGGUCCUGUGCGCUCAAAUUCAACCAUGCCAUACAGGAACAGUCCUCAGCAGAUUUCGUGAAGUUCUGGCAGAAAAUGAUGUGCUACCCUGGGAAAUUGUAUAUAUAUUUAAACAAGUUUUAAAGGAAUUUCUGAGCUCAAUCGAGAAAGAAAAACAACAAGUGAAGCUCAUGGACAUGUGGAAUUCCAACUGUUCUCUCAAUUUCACACAACCUGAUGAAAGCCAAUCACAUUCAGAAAAAGAUGAGAUACCAACCGUUUCCAGUUAUGUGGAUAAAAAUACACAAUGUUUAUUCCCAACCUUUUCACACCGAAUAUGGAAUCUCCCUUAUUAUCAUCCGCCCAGCUAAGAACAAGUUCUUGAUCGUAUGAAACAUUAAAAAUCAUUUAAACAAAUAUAUAAAAAAAAAAAAAAGAAAAAAAAAACACCAUUUCAUAAAAUACAAAUCUUUAGUGUAGAGUAUAAAUGUAGUCCUUUGUUUUUUCAUGUCAUGGAAUUAAGUUUUUUUAUUCUACUAGCAAUUUAGAAUACAAUUAACAUAUUUUAUGUACAAUUUUGUAGAGAUUUAAACUAAGCUGUACCUUAAUGAGGAUUAUCUACAGCAUAUAUUAUAUAUAUAUAUAUAUACACACACAUACAUAUACACAUACAUUCAUACACACACACUGUAUAUAUAAUUAAAAUCAAACAACCUAUUUUAAACUUAAUUUUAGAGGUUUAACCUAUUUUUAUAUAGAAUCUUGAAAUGUAUCCUAUGUUUGGUCUGGCGUAUAGUAUGUUUUGUACCUAUGUUGUGGUAUAUGUAUUUUAUCUUGAUUUACAAGAUUACUAAACAGUUUUUUGUUUUAAAAUACAA